ACCCCGGGGAGAACAUUAGGUUUUCGAUCGCGGUUCGGUUCGGUAUUUUUUCUCGUGCGCUGUGUUCGGUUUCGGAAUUUGAUAAGUCUUCAAGCAUAGUUCUUCAAAAGUGUUGAUUUGUUGUGAAGUUUUCCACGAAAUUUGGUGAAGUUCAUUUGGAUAUACCUCGGGUCAUCCUUGUUUAGUGAAAACGUCAAAACUACGUUGGAUUUAUCAAGCAGUUCGAAACUUCCAAAUUAAAAACUAAGAAGAAAAUUUGUUCAGUGUCCUAAAUUCAAUUAGUGCGUGCCUAGAAUCGUAGAAAACUGAGCGUUAGUGACAAUCUUAUCGAUUUCUCGACCAAAAACACCCCGUUCAAGAUAAGUUCUCACUCGUCCCGUUCGGGCAACCGCAGUCCGGGAUCCACCGUUACGAAGCUAGUGCCGGCGUCGGUGGAUAUUUUCCAGAAGUUGCUCGAAAUCAAGGAUUUGAACGGAGGUGGAAGAGUGUCCGCUGAGGCAACAACUAUGACCGAGGAUAAUCCGAUGGCAGAGGAACCACAGGUCUCUAGUAAACCACCGAUGGAUACGUUGGCGGUGCCAACCAUUAGUGAUGGCGGAGGCGAUGAGGAAUCUGGCGAGGAGUCAGACGAUGGAAACGAGUAAGUAUCCGUCGUGUCGUCGAAUAACGCGUAGAGGAAAAAGCGCGCCAACCUUUUCCGUUGGCGCCUACUUGGAUCAUGAUUGCUCGCUGGACAUCGGGCUGCGAAACAGAGCUGGAUUCAACAGUCGAGAGGAUUCUUCUGCAUCGUAUCUUCGAACUACGAAGCUGCUCUUCUGCAUCAUUUGGGAUUUUGUCCACUUUCACGUCCAAGUUUGACCAUCCUGAGAGCAAUCCAAUCACAUUUUGACUUAAUUUAUUCGAUCCAAAAUCUAACCAAACCCACCGCGUUCCGGACUCGAAUUGCCAAUUCUUCACCCACUGAGAAUGAGUGCCAUCGCGAUGAGCACGCAUGAGCAGUGAGCGCGGUCUAACCAGCUGCUGGCACCGCUCGCCACAGCUGAUCGGAAGUUCUGGUGGUGCGGCAGCGGCGGUACCAAGUUGCAAUCACAAUCAUCUCAGCUGCUUUCUACUGGCCGUGUGAGCUUGGUUGGGUGGUUAAUGUUUUGUUUUCGUUCUGCAGCGUUGUUUCUGAAUAAGACCGAUUUUCGAUUCCGCCGAUUCGGGGCGGGUGGGCGGAACUCAGCAGGAACUGUUUGAGUGCCCCGCACACGAAUAGUCCAAGUGGGCGCUCGAUUCACCAGCAGGCAGCAGUUCACAUGCAACCGUCGUCCGAAGCGGAAGCGGAUCUACCUUGACAAUCGGGAACUGUCCAGAGGAAGUGUCGUCGCGUGGCGUUGAAUAACCCGUGUGUGUGAAGAGGAUAACUUUAAUAAGGGGUAGACAAAACAGUUUUUUUGGAAGAUCGGUUCCGCGAGUCGGGUUUUGGGUCUUUGAGACGUGGACGCGGACGGAGGAAGCUUGUGGGGGAUAGGUACAUUCCCCUGGGCGAUGUGUGGAGUUGGCCAGGGCCAGGGUCGAGGUGGCGGGACAACAAUAGCAAUGGAGUCUCAGUGAGUUCUGUGUCCGGCCUCGGCAGUAGCUUCUCGGGGUCCUCCGGAGGGAGCUGAUGGAGUGUGCUUUAGUGUUGUUUUUCUGGUCAUCGUCGUCGUUUCGGGUGCUCAGGUAGAUAAGCGCGGUGAGUGUGAGGAAGUUUGUACAAGCGAAGGAUUGAAGAAAAGGAUAAUUUACAUAGUCCUCCGGCCCAGGUCGGUUGGUUGAUGUGUGUGUGCUCGUGGUCUCCCUUCCGUUCGAUGGUUCAGCUGGGAACGUCGGAAGGGAGGAUGCCGGAGGAAGAUGACGGUGGAAGAAGCAUGUACAUGGGCAAUAUUUCGAUACGUCUCAGCGGAAGUGGUUCGGAAGUAGUGCUGCGUCGGCGACGGUAGAUGACGGAAGAGUUCGGCUGUAGUGUAGUGUUAUGGAUGAUCGAUACAGUUCGGAAGCUCGUGGUGGCAGACGACGCGCAGAACAUUGAGGACGGAAGUUGGGGUGGCACGCUGUUGCCAAGGAGAACGUUGCUCCGUUCAAAAUCCUUUCAAUCGAAAUAAUUACGCACAUACAUAAAUUUGCACAUAUAGGACAGACGGGCAGAAUCGACGGGACGGCCAGGGAGUGGUUGUUGGCCCGACCUGGAGGUGCGUAGGCAGCAGCAGCAGCAGCAUAAUGAACCCUACGCUGACCAACAGUAGCAGCAGCACCGUUGUCGGUGGACAAGACGCCCCAUUAGUAUCACCAUCAUCGUCGUCAUUAUCAUCGUUGUUGACGCGCGCGUUUUCUUAUGUUUCAACUACUCACCAUUCAAACCAUAUUGGCGAAGCAGAAGACGUUGUUGCGGUUGUUGGUAAAUGAGUGGACUGACGACUGGUGGAAUGAUGGCCGGGAGCGAUGCUCGGCGUUGACCACAGCAGCAGCAGCAGCAAUUCCAACGAGCCUCUCCCCAACGGACGGACGUCGGACGACGAUCGAAAGGUUGGAGUUGGUGGUGAGCCGCGGGGGAUUUUUCGGUGCGAGUGUGUGCUAAAAAUAGAACAAACAAACACGCGGAUUGUGACGGACAAUAGGCGGCAGCGGCGGCGGCAGCUGUGGCGCCCAGUCCGAGAAAAGAGAGUGGAUUUUCGUCGAUUUAUGACGUCGGUUCGUCAGCGUUGUCGUUGUCGUCGUUGUCCCGCUACUCGUUAUGGACGGAUGAAACUGCGAUUGCAAUCAAUUCCCAUCGGAAGAAGAUUGGGCCGAAAGUGAGUUGAAGAAGCACUUCUCUAGGUAUUGUUGUUCAGUGUGGGCGUGAGUGGGAGGGUGUUGGUGGAUUUGCGGUGUGGUGGGGUGAAGGGUGAGAAAGGAUUGCUCUCAGGAACGUACUUACGCUGGGCGGCUUGGACUACCACUGUGGUGUUUCGGACAAGAGACCCCCUAGGGAGAAAGCAGAGAUUCAGCAGAAGUAGCAGCAACAGCAGCAGUGGAAGUAGCGCAGCUUUAAAAGGUUUACCUAUCCACCAUCCUUGGACCAUUCUCAGUGUAUCGAACGAAACCAUCUAAAAAAAAAACUGUAAGAUGGGCUGAGCAACGACACGUGGUAGUCGGGAUACGGAACAAUGUUGUCGUUGCAGGUGGGAUGGCAUGAUUCUUGGAAUGGAAGAAGGAACCUGGUCGGAGAGCAGUUUUGGGAUUAGUGUGGUUAAAAAGUUCUACGAGGAAACUUAAAUAAUCAAGAAAACACUCAGCAGAGGAAAAAAGUGUUCCCUGUUCAGAAUGACUGUUCCGGAAAAUUGAUUAACUUAACCGGAGAGGCGUAGCUUUCCAUCGAUCGAUCGGUGGGCCGUUGUUUACUCGUUCGUCUGGCUUCACGAAUUUGGGUCGCGGAAAGGUGUGUUAAUCGGUAAUUGAAUCGUUUCGACGAGUGCGCGGGCGAAAGAAGACGCGGUUCGUUCCUACAUAAUUUAGGGUGGACGCGGCAAAGUGUUUAAAAAUUCAUCGUGGUCGAGUGGCAGGAGGGACGACCAACGACGAGCCGAAGAAGGGAAGGAGUGCCCAUAAUACGACACAACGAAAUCCGACGGGUGAUGGUGAAGAGGAGUUUGUUUGUUCUUCGGUGUCUAAAGUGUAGUUAAAUUGCUCAAUUGCCUAUAGUGUUAGUCGGGGUCGGGGUUUUCCGGGGAUUUGUGAUAUUACUACGAAGAUCAGCGAGAAAGGCGUCAUCUUGGUUGGAAAACGGAGGAGAGCAGAUUGCAGCAAUCCAGGCGAUGAGGGUCGUCCGGUGGCAGGCCUUCUGAAGAAAAUGUGCUCCGGUUGUUUGCUACAGUUAUGGUGAUGCAGACGACAAAUAUUUUGCAGCAGCAGCAAGGCCAACCUCCACCAGUAUUACCAGAAGCCAAAAGAAUCGACCAACCAGCCCUGGUAGCCUGGAGAUCCACCAGCUAUCGACUCCGUAGGCUAAGUAGCAACAGUACCGUAGGCCGCACCAUCAGCGGUUGCCCAGGGCAAUGGAACGGCCAUCGCCGCCGCGGCCACAGAAAGCCGCCAAGGUGUAGCCCGACCUUUCAGCCCUUACAGAUCAAGGACCACCACGAGGAAGGAGCAUCGCCGUCACCCAGGCCGUCGUCCCACUUCGGGAAGCGGCUAGGGGAGGGGAGCAGCGGCCAGCACUGUUCCCUCUCGGCACUAUGCACCGCCUGCGUAACACCUUCACUAGGUCACGGACCCCCACUGGUGCGGAGAUGAAAACCCAGAGCAGUCUCGAAGUACCCAAACAGGUUCGUUCAGCAUCGUUCGACGAAAUCCAGCUCGAAGCCCAGCGUGCCAAUCAGUUCCUCAAGGUUCACCAAGCAUCAUCGACGGACGAGCCGUCAUCCGGUGGUUCCCUGCUACAGGUCCCGCAAGUAACGGGCCGUUCGCGUAGCUUCGAUCUUGCCGGGGGCAGCGAAGACUCCCAAGCGGCCGUAGCUGCCGCAUUCCUAGACGUGCCAAAGCGCUUCCAGCGGCGAAAGUCCAGCUCGAAAACUCCUCCGCCUUGCAUCCACUGUCUGUAUCUGGAGGAGUACCGGAAGCUGACCGGAGUCGACCAGCGCCAGUACUACGACAAUACCGAGUACCAAACGUUCCGAUACAGUUCGUCCUCGUCAAGCAGCGACGCGGACGAUUCGGACGAAGACGAAGACGACGAAGAAGACGUAGACUACGGGUUCCCGUUUGACCCAACAUGCAAUACCUUACUGCCACCGCCUAUGUCCCCGUGCGGGAUCACCUUUACCCUAUCGCCCACCAAUGGAGAUGACCCUGAAGACUACGGAGACGUGCUGGCAGUGGAGGGAGGUCCCGUCCUGCCGCCGCCUCCGAUGUUCGGCAAUGACUAUCACCCGCCUUUUCCAUCUCUUCCGAUCGGUUCACCGCCGAUCACCCCGUCAGGACCCAUAUUCCCUCCGUCCCCGACGAUCGAAGUGCCUCCCUGCUCUCCGGCGGUCGAUGAACCCAGUGGGCCUCCAACGCGAACCCGACGGCGUUCCAUCUCCCGCCAGGAAGCGAUCUUCGUCGAACCCACCGGUAACUCGCUGGAGAACGUCUCCUGCGCUGAGCCGCAACCUGAAGAAGAACACCAAGACAUCAACAUCGUCGUGCCCGGUCCCGCGGACCAGGACGACGAUCACAACGAACCGGAAUGCCACAACGACAAUCAGCUAGAACAAUCCGUAGUGGUGGCACUGGCGCCUCCACCACCACCAUCAACAGCAACCUCACAGCUUGGGGCCACAGCUGCCGACUUCGUGCGAGACAUCUACCUGCAGGUGCCGGAUCUCAAGCGGGACCGGGCGGCUUCGGUAGACUCCUGCUUCACCAAGGUGACCGGGUCCAAAACCGAGGAGUUGAAACCUCCGGAAGGAGCGCUCACGCUUCUGACGGUUCCGAGCAGCGGCGCGAUCAGGUCACGUUCGGUGGACAUCGUACUGCCGACGGAGGAGCAGGCCCGGUACAAGGCCCUGGCUUUGGCCGGAACGGCCGCUGCCAGUCCCGGAGUCAUAGGACUUGCCGCUAAGGGGAAACCCAGUGCCGAUACCCACGGGAGACAGAUCCGCUGUACGCCCGAUUGGAGCGAGAAUGCCGUGUCCGGGGACCAUCUGUGGGUGCCGACGUCGGUGUCCGGUGACUGCUGCUACGUCGGGGACAACGACUGCUCGAAACACGGCCCCCGGAUGAAGUGCUCGGCGUGCAAGAUCAUCGCCCACGCCAGCUGCAUCUCGGUGCUGAUGGAGCGAACCCAGCUGCAGUGCAAGCCCACCUUCCGGGACGUCGGCGUGCGGCAGUACCGGGAGCAGACCAAGACGACCCACCACUGGAUCCACCGGCGAACCGAGAAGGGCAAGUGCAAACAGUGCGGGAAGUCACUCCAAGCGAAGCUCUCGUUUAGUUCUAAGGAAAUUGUUGCUUUAUCAUGUGCCUGGUGUAAAUCAUCAUAUCAUAACAAGGAAGCGUGCUUCAAUCCGGAGCGAAUCGGCGAAGAGUGCACGUUAGGAGCCCACCGGAGCAUCGUGGUGCCACCGUCCUGGAUCGUCAAGCUGCCCCGCAAGGGUAGCUUCAAGUCUUCGCUGCGGAAAACUCCACAGAAGAAGAAGAAGGCCGGCAAGAAGAGCAGCGCCCCGAAGGAACCGCGGACGUUCGUGAUCAAACCGAUUCCGACGGCCAACAUCACGCCGGUGCUGGUGUUCAUCAAUCCGAAAUCUGGCGGCAAUCAGGGUGCCAAACUCCUCCAGAAAUUCCAGUGGUUGCUCAACCCUCGGCAGGUGUUCGACCUGACGCAAGGUGGACCAAAAAUGGGACUGGAGAUGUUCCGAAAGGUGCCGCAGCUGCGGGUGUUGGCCUGCGGAGGUGACGGCACCGUAGGCUGGGUCCUCUCCGUACUCGAUCAGAUCAACUUUGUGCCUCCGCCGGCCGUCGGCGUUCUACCACUCGGCACGGGAAACGAUCUUGCCCGAGCGCUGGGCUGGGGUGGCGGUUACACCGAUGAACCGAUUGGGAAGAUUUUGGCCAACAUUGGGAACUCGGACACGGUUCUGCUGGACCGGUGGAACUUGAAGGUCGAGCCGAACACCGCGGUGACGAACGCCGAAGAUGGCAAGGACAAUCUGCCGUUGAACGUGGUCAACAACUAUUUCUCGUUGGGGGUUGACGCCCACAUAGCGCUGGAAUUCCACGAGGCGAGAGAGGCCCAUCCGGAAAAGUUCAACUCCCGGCUGCGGAACAAGAUGUUCUACGGCCAGGCCGGCGGUAAGGAUCUGCUCAAGCGGAAGUGGAAGGGUUUGGCCGAAUUUGUCACGCUGGAGUGCGACGGUAAGGACCUGACGCCGAAGCUGAAGGAGCACAAGGUGCAUGCAAUAGUAUUUCUCAACAUUCCAAGCUACGGAGGUGGAACCCAUCCGUGGAACAAGUCCGGUGGACAGUUCGAGCCGGCCACCGAUGACGGCCUGAUCGAGGUCGUCGGCUUGACUACCUAUCAGCUCCCGCUGCUGCAGGCCGGUGGCCACGGGACCUGUAUAGCGCAGUGCAAGUCCGCCAAGAUCGUCACCUCCAAAACUAUCCCGAUGCAGGUGGAUGGCGAGGCGUGUAAGCUGAAGCCCUCCACCAUCGAACUGACCCUGCUGAACAAGGCUGUGAUGCUGGCGAAACGGAAGCCCGGAAGGGCCAAUGUGCCACAAGAAAAACUGGAAUCUCUCAACCUAACGCUGAUGAAGAUCAUGAUGUCCGACUACGAGCAGCACCACUACGACAAGGAUCUGCUGAAGAACUCGGCCGUCAACCUGGGCACGCUGGAUGUGCCCGUUACCGAUCUCGAACAGGUCCGGGUCCUCGUCAACAAGUACUGCGAAGAGCAGCCGGACAGCCCCAAGCUGUCGCCGGAUUGGUGCUUUAUCGAUUCCUGCACAGCAGAGCGCUUCUUCCGGGUGGACCGGGCGCAGGAGAAUCUACACUUCAUCACCGACAUUGCCACCGAUUGUAUUUUCGUGCUGGACCAGGAGUGUCCCACGUUGCCGCAGACGCCCGAAGACGAAAGCGGAGGCUCGCUGCAGACGAAGGAAGGCUCGGCUCUGCCGGCGCAUCUCACCAGCAGCGUCGAGUCCAGCGAUCGAGAGUCCCGCGAUGGGACGCCUCAGUCACCCGGGCUGAAAUUCUUCAACCGGUCGCUGUCGGGACCGGGUUCCGGAAGUGCAUCCGACACGCUGUCACCUGCCCUUGACAUUCCAUCGAGAAAGAGUUCUCAAGGUUCCCAGGGUUCUCACGGAUCGCAGGACAGCCCCCGGAACAAUCUGAGCGUCUCGGGUCCGGAUAGCCACAGCGGAGGAACCCUCGGCAAUGGUCAGAGCCUGGACCAGCUGGUCAACUUUAGGAGCUUCCACGAGCGAUUGUUCGGGUUGAACGAAGAUGCCUUCGGAUUCAGCAAUCUACUGGAGAAGACAACCGAUGCGGUAAUUAAGGCGGCCAAAAUGGGUGAUUUGGUGAUGUUGAAGGACCUGCACAUGCAAGGCUACUCGCUGCUGUCGAUCGAUUCCAGCGGGCAAACGGCACUGCACUAUGCGGCUCGGUACGGCCACAAGGACAUCGUGCGGUAUCUGAUAUCGUACGCGCCGAACAGCAUCGUCAACAUGAUCGACAACGAAACCGGCCAAACGGCCCUCCACAAGGCGGCCAGCGGCCGGCAGCGGAGCAUCUGCUACAUGCUGGUGGCGGCCGGUGCCAGCCUCAUCAUCCAGGACAACAACGGCCGGACGGCUCGCCUGCUCGCCCUGGAGAUGGAGGACCGCGAGCUGGCGUCCUAUUUGGAGAAUCAAGAACAGUUUCAGCUCGCCGAUUACCAUGCGAGUGCGUGAAACAACGCCGCCGCCGUCAGCCAUCGUCGUUCACAAGCUGCCGCCAGUUGCCGUCAGUGUUCCUUUUCCUAGUGUUCCUGUUGUGAAGGUGAGAAAUACCAAGAUAUUUAGAAAAA